AUGACUCUGGAAUCUUUAAUAUCCUCUGGCGUGGAACUGAUUGAGCAAGGAAAUUAUCUAAAGGCAAUUGAUCAGUUUUCCCGUGCCUUGCAGCUUUCUGAUUCCUCCUUUAAGGCUUACCUAAACCGAUCAAUUGCUUACCAAAGAAGUCAAAAGCUUGAUCUGGCAUUGAAGGAUGUUGAUCAGGCAAUUCACAUUGCGAAGGACCUGAGACAAUCCCAAGAAUAUAUCUCUGCAUCUUACUUCAGAAAGGCCAUAAUAUUGUAUCUAUUGAAGAAUUAUGCUGAGAGCUAUCAGAAUAUUCUGUUGGCACAAAAGUAUCAUUGUUCUGACAUAACAUUUCCUUCCUGGAAAUCCAAAAUUGAGGCAAAAUUGGACUCAGAGAAAUCCAAGCCCGUUCAAUCAGUACCUGACUCCAGCAAAGCUGAAAAGCCUUCUGCAAAUGAAAAGCCAUUGCAACCAACUACCCCUUCCAUUGCAUCUAAACCAAGAAUCGAUUGGUAUCAGAACUCUACAGAGGUCAAUAUCUCCAUUUUUGUCAAAAAAAUAGACAAGUCAUCACUAAAGGUUGAUUUUGCUAAGGAUUCCUUAGAAGUUUCUUUUCCUUUGCCUGAUUCUGGAGAGGAUUACACCUACAAAAUUGAAAAGUUGUUUGCAAAGAUCGACCCAUCUCAAUCAUCAUAUACUGUGUUUGGUACAAAACUAGAAUUAACCUUACAAAAGAUUGAACCAAUUCAAUGGAAUUCAAUUGAGUUUGACCAGCAACGACAACCAUCAACCACCCAUGAAGAGUCGACUCUCGCCUACCCUUCCUCCUCUAAGAAAAAGAUUGAUUGGUCGAAACUCGGAGAUGACGAAGACGAAGCUAAAGAUGAUCAAUCUCCGGAUGCUUUCUUCCAGCAAUUAUACAAGAAUGCAGACGAUGACAGUAAAAAGGCAAUGAUGAAGUCCUUCAUUGAAAGUGGCGGUAAAUCUCUUUCAACUAAUUGGGAUAAUGUCGAAAAUAAGGACUUUUCCGCCGAAGCAGAACCAUAA